AUGCCAAUUCCGUUAAAAUUCCCUACACUGCUCGUUGUUUUUAGCUAUGUGUCGUCAGUAUGCGCGACGGAGUCUACCGAUUCCGGCAAGGCACCGCUGGAAUCUUUCAACCAGCUGAUGGAGAGGAGCGUUGUUCCGUUGGCUAUUGCUAAAAUCUUUUCUUUGAAUGAUAGACAUGACACACGCGUGUGCGUCCUAAACAACGUUUUCGCCAAUUACCAAGACACACCUCAACAGUGCAAGUGUUCUUUCACACGCCUACGUGAUAUUGAGCUUCAGUGCGCCAACAAUCCGCUGGGUGGUUUGCACGACUGCAGUAAAAAAAUAUGUGAGACAUGCUGUAUAAUAAGCAUGACAGCUUCUUACACCGAAGAUGACCGUCAUCAUAACUACCCUGUUAACUGCAAAACUCGUUGCCUGAACUCGCCAAUUACGUCUGAUGUGACUGAGGAUUCCCAGCAGUUUUUGUCGGAGUUGCUGCUCAAGGUCAACGCUCUUUACCACGCUGAUGUUUCGACCGCUAAGCAGCCAGGUGAGCGGCCAACUUCGCCUAUUUGCAUAUUCGUUUCAGACACUGCAAACGUCCCCACGCAAUAUCACGUGGUCCAUCUUGAGGAUCAGCACGAUGACGCCUUAUAG